GCAAAGGUUAUACACAAAUAUACGUCUCACAUCCUCCACAUUCAAAGUCUCAUUGAUUGCGUGUGUGCGCAGUGCGGUUCGCGUGUAAGAUCAGCUGAUCCACCUAUGAGAGCCGCUUUGGAGCAGAAAGGAUGUGGGAAUUGGAGGACUUCACCGAGAUCCGCAGGUGGUAUGCGCUACACCUGCUGUUGUGUGUCACAUUCUUCAUCUCGGGUGUGAUAAUCAACUUUAUCCAGUUUGUGCUCUAUGUGACGUUGCGGCCAUUCAACAAGUCCCUCUACUGUCAAUUAAAUUACUACCUCAUGUACUCCUUAAUGUCCCAGGUGUUAUUCCUGGCUGAAUGGUGGUCAGGAUCAGACAUUCGAGUGUUUGCAUCAGAAGAGUGCUUCAACAACUGGGGAAAGGAGCAUGCUCUCAUCAUCAUGAACCACACAUAUGAAGUGGAUUGGCUAAUGGGAUGGAUAAUUGCAGACAGAUCCAAAACUCUUGGGUCUGCUAAAGUGUUUGUAAAGAAAAUGAUGCAGUAUGUGCCAACUAUAGGAUGGGCUUGGAGAUGUUCUGAUAUUAUAUUCCUUAAUCGCAACUGGCAAGAGGACAAAAGAAUCAUGCAAAAUCAAAUCAAGGAAUUUUUCGAUUACCCGUACCCAGUGUGGAUGCUCUUGUUUGCUGAGGGAACCAGAUUUACUCCUGAAAAGCAUGAAGCAAGUAUGGAGUUUGCACGGAAGAGAGGGCUGCCCGAGUUGAAGCGUCACCUGAUCCCUCGCACCCGUGGCUUCAUCCAGUGUGCUCAGUCUCUAAAGGGAAAAUUCCCUGUUAUAUACGAUGUCACAGUUGGGUUUAAUACGAAAGAGGGUGAGGAGCCAUCUUUACAGAACAUGCUUCGUGGCCACAAGGUCAUGAGUGAGAUUUAUGUGCGCCGACUUCCCCUUGAUGAGGUUCCAGAUGAUGAUGAAGGAGCUUCAAAAUAUCUGCAUGACCUUUAUAGAACAAAGGACCAGCUUUUAGACAGCUACCUCAACACAGGCAGCUUCACCAAAGAGAAUGACCAGCCGGACCACAAAGGCAGAGCAAUGCCAAGGAGACUCUUCUCCCUGCUUAACAUGAUUGGCUGGGCUGCCUUCGUCCUGUCACGGAUUCUCAGCUUCUAUUACAACCUCUUAACAAGUGGCUCCAUCCUUUCCAUAUCAUUUGCAAUAGGCAUUGUUAUCUUUGCAUACAUUUGCUUGUACAAGAUGAUCGGCCUGACGAAGAUUGCCAAAGGGUCGCAGUACGGCAACACAGGCGCAAAGAAGAAAGAGUAAGCCUCCCCCCCCUCCCCUUCAUAUUGCAGAGAAAAUGAAAAGAAAGAAGGAAAGAAAACAAAAUCCUGAAAAAAAAAAAGGAAAAAAAAAUCAUCUGGUAAAUAACUGGAAGGCUGUAGUUUAUAUCCAUAGUUUCUUUCGUUUUUCAACAUCAUCAGCAUAGUGAUUACUCUGAUUAUUCUGGAACAAAGUUGGCCGAAAGAGAGAGACAGAGAGAGCUGGAUAAGGUCUUUUCCAGGUCUUCCUUUUUAGUCAUUUGUCAUGCCAUGAUUUAUUUAUUUACCUGAUGUGUACAGCCGUCGUCACUCAUGGUUGGUUGUUUCUAGUGUUUUUAUUCUUGAGGGAAGGUUGACAUAAUAGCAGGUUCCAGAUUUAUAUAUAUAUAUAGAUAUAUAUAUAUAUAAAUGUAUGUAUAAAGUCACACAGUUAUAUUUUUGGCAGGUUCUUAUCUCCAGUAGAAGCAUUGUCUAUGACAUACUGCUUUUUUCACCCAUUUUCUUUCAGGUCAUGGGCUUUUUUUUUUUAUUAUUAUUUAUUGAACCUUAUUUUAUUUGUAAUUUUCUUUUCUUUUUUUCUUUUCUCAAAGGAGUGUUCAGAGGCAUUGGAUGUGUGACAAGUUAGGGAAAUUCAGAUUCUGUUUCAUGUGGGAUACUUGUAGGAGUAGGACUGAUAAAGUUUUCUGACAGUAAAGCUAUUUAGAUUGUCAGGUCAAUGGAAACCAGUCUCAUUUUUUCAUUCAUCAUAAUAUAAGAAAGUGCAAUGUACUAUACCUCAGGGGAUGCAGGCCGACUUCACCACUCCUGCAUCAACUCUUUGUAAGGCAGACCAAUGCUGUAAUCUGUUAUCCAGAAAGUUGUGAUUCUUAUUUUGUUUUUAUUUAUCACAUAUAUCUGAUGUAAAGCAUGAAGUGAUGUAGCAUUUCUUUUUUCUUUUUUCUUUUUUAAUUUACUUUGUUCCCAAAGGAAAAUGGAAGUUUUCAAUGGGUGUCAUGAGAAACAGCAAAAUAUGUGACCUCGUGAAGAGUUGA